AUGCCGGUUGUUAUUGCCCGCUCACUGCAAAAGGAUGCCAUCGCCUCAGCGGAAUCUGGCGCCUCAACAACAUCGGACGUUGAGAAGGACCCCAUCACCUUGACUAUUAAGCCUACUGUUGCCUCUGAUCAUUCAACGCUUGGCGAUACCUCUGACGACCGCCGCUUUUGGUUCCAGCGGUCGAAAAGCUAUGACCCAAAUGCCAUCGCAACCCAGCCGUCAGUGUUCGACGAUCCUGAACUUAUCUCUGAAUAUCGACCCCGAGCAGAAUGGGAGAACGUGCACCGCUUUGACCCAUCAGCAAGAUGGACCUGGGGUGAAGAGAAUAAAGCUGUCAGAAGGCUCGACAUGCGAAUCAUGGUACUGGCAUGCAUGAUGAUGACAGCAUUGGAGCUUGAUCGCUCGAAUAUCCAGCAAGCCAACGCCGAUAACUUCCUUUCUGAUCUCGGAUUAUCUAGAAACGACUAUAACCUCGGAAAUACGAUAUUCAAACUAUUCUAUCUCUUAAGCGAGAUUCCUGCACAGCUUAUUGGCAAAUAUAUUGGCGUCGAUAGGUGGAUUCCCAUACAAAUGACUUCGUGGUCAUUGGUGGCUCUCUGUCAGUUCUGGCUGCGCGACAAGACUUCUUUCCUGGUUUGUCGUGCCUUGAUUGGUAUAUUCUCAGGAGGGUUUACGCCUACUAUGAUCCUUUAUCUCUCUUACUUUUAUAAGCAUCACGAGCUUUCUAUUCGCCUGGGGUUCUGGUAUUCUGCACAGGCAGUCGCGGAUGUUCUAGCAGGUCUUCUAGCGUAUGGAAUACUGCAUCUACGUGGCUAUGCUGGCCAGGCUGGCUCCUUCACUUUAUUGCUCGCCAUUCUAUCUUUUCUUUUCCUACCACCGUCUGUGACGCAGACGGCCAGUUGGGCACGGGGCAAGAAAGGCUGGUUUACGGAGCGGGAAGAAGUAAUUCUGGUCAAUCGAAUUAUUCGCGAGGACCCAAGCAAGGGCUCUAUGGGAAACAACGAACCCUUAACAGCCAAGCUUGUGUGGCAGAGUUUCAAAGAUUACGACCUGUGGCCACUCUACAUGAUUGGUCUUAUAUUCUUGGUGCCAUACACAACGAUUUCCCAAUACUUUACGCUAUUAAUGACUGAUUUCGGGUUCGGGGAGUUCAAUGUCAUCCUGCUCGCCAUUCCAUGCAGUGUCAUAGGAAUUGUGACUAGGAUCAUUCUCACCUACGCCGCUGAGAUCCUCGGAUCCCUUGCAUGGAUGGGAGCUGUGGCCCAAGCCUGGACCCUCCCAAUGCUUAUCUAUAUGAAUGUAGUCGAUUUCAGUCAGACCAAGAGAUGGGUUGCGUGGACGGUCCUCACCUUGAUUCUUUCGUUCCCUAGUCCCCAUGCACUCCAGGCGGGAUGGAACUCUCGCAACUCCAAUAGUGUGCGGUCCCGGGCACUAUCAGCGGCUAUGUAUAACAUGUGCACGCAGCUAUCCGGGAUAAUCGCGUCGAAUGUCUACCAAGAUUGGGACGCUCCUCGCUAUGUGCAGGGCAACCGAGUGCUUCUCGCUCUGGUGUGCACCAACAUCACUGUGUACGCCAUGACCAAGAUCUACUAUAUACUGCGUAACCGUCACCGAGAUCGGAAGUGGACGGGAAUGACGGAGGAACGGAGAAUUGACUACAUCGCAACCACGCAGGAGACUGGGAAUAAGCGAUUGGAUUUUCGGUUUGCGCAUUAA